AUGCAUAUUGUCAGCAUUCUGUCCGUGUUUUUGUACUCUACACUUGCACUGGCCUUCCAUCAGCAUGCUAAGCGUGGCGCUGAAACAAAUGCGACACUCUAUGGGUACGGAACAAACAGUUCCGACUGGCUAAUUUCCCACGGCAUUGAUGAUGGCCUUCUCUACAUUGCUGAAAAUCCUUCCGACGAGUAUGCAAACCUUGCUCCAGUAACCUGGGACCUAGCCUCCAUCACAGGCGAAUGCUGGAUCGCAAAUGCCAGCUUCGUCAACGGUACCCGAGCCGGAUCAAUGUACAUCAUGGACAACGACGACUAUGCUGUUGGCGUGUUGCCUCAGACUCGAGCUGCGUAUAUCAAUGGAACUGCCUCCGGCUUUGCCCUGUUCGCUUCGCAGCUUGUUUUCAAUAAUGAUACGUCGCUGCAGGCGCAAUUCUGGGCUAGGAAGACGGAUUACGAGGAUGUUUAUGCUUUGACUUGGACUUUGGAUGAUAGCAGCGCGUGA